CGAAUGUACCAUAAAAUUUUCCUGUUAAUUUCAACAAUAAUAAUUUGGAAAUGGCAAAGUCUCAGCUCCGUUCCCAAUUCUCCUAAACGAAGCAGCCAGACAGAACCAGCGUCGAGCACAAAGACGACUAGUGAAGAAAACUUUACCUUCUGAAUUUCCGAUUGAGACUUAGUAGAGAGUUGAGACUAGGCCCCAGUGCACCGGGCGACCGCCGACCAGCAUCUCGGUUCUGUCUUUUGCCCCGCUUCCGAAACGUGACAGAAAGAGCGGGAGGAGCUUGCUGAGUUGUGGAUGGUAGUGUGUAAGUGAUAUUUGGCAGUUACUCAAACAAUUCAUUACUAUUAAUCGAAAUGGGAAGGGCGUUUGUGUACGUGAUAGUCGGCGGAGGAGUGGCAGCUGGAUAUGCUGUACAUGAAUUUGUGAAGAAAGGAGUCUCUCCUGGUGAACUGUGUGUCCUCUCUGAAGAAACUGUUGCACCAUAUGAAAGGCCUGCAUUGAGCAAAGGGUAUCUACUCCCAGAAGCUCCAGCACGCAUUCCAGCUUUUCACUGUUGUGUAGGUACUAAUGAGGAGAGGUUAACACCAAAGUGGUACAAAGAACAUGGUGUUGAAUUGGUUCUUGGAACACGGGUAAAGUCAGCUGAUGUGAAGCGAAAAACAUUAUUGACUGCAACUGGCGAGACUAUAACAUACAAGAUUCUUAUUGUCGCAACUGGUGCCCGGGCUUUGAAACUUGAAGAGUUUGGAGUGAUAGGAUCAGAUGCUGAGAAUGUUUGUUAUCUGCGAGAUCUGGAUGAUGCAAACAGGCUUGUAAAUGUUAUUGAAUCAUGCUCUGGUAAAACUGCUGUUGUCAUUGGUGGUGGCUACAUUGGAAUGGAAUGUGCUGCAUCUUUAGUGAUAAAUAGAAUUAAUGUUACUAUGGUCUUCCCGGAAGCUCAUUGUAUGGGCCGGCUUUUCAAUGCAAAGAUUGCACACUACUAUGAAGAAUUUUACAAGUCCAAAGGAGUGAAGUUCACCAAAGGAACUGUCUUGACAUCAUUUGAUUUUGACGAUGAUGGAAAGGUCACUGCAGUUAAUCUUCGAGAUGACACUAAACUUCCUGCUGAUAUGGUUGUGGUUGGGAUAGGGAUCCGCCCAAAUACAAGCCUGUUUGAAGGCCAACUGACCAUGGAGAAAGGGGGGAUUAAAGUAAAUGGGAGAAUGCAAUCAAGCAAUAGCUCAGUCUAUGCUAUCGGGGAUGUUGCUGCCUUUCCGGUCAAAAUCAUAGGGCAAAUACGUAGGCUUGAACAUGUUGACUCUGCACGGAAAUCCGCUAGGCAUGCUGUCAAUGCAAUCCUGGAUCCUGAAAACACAACAGAUUUUGAUUACCUGCCAUUUUUCUAUUCCAGAGUCUUCACUCUCUCUUGGCAAUUCUAUGGAGACAAUAUGGGAGAGGUGGUCCAUUUUGGCGAUUAUUCAGGACAGAGGUUUGGGGCAUACUGGGUAAACAUGGGCCAUCUUAUUGGAUCAUUUCUGGAAGGUGGAACCAAGGAGGAGUAUGAAGCUAUAUCCAAGGCCACACAGCUGAGACCCGCAAUAGAAGACUUGGCUGAACUCGAAAGGCAAGGGCUGGGAUUUGCCUUGUCAUUGAGUCGCACACCACUUUGUUCACCACCUCUCAAUGCUGGUGAUUCUUCUUUGCUUAUAGAAAAGCCGGUAUAUCUUUGGCAAACAGCGACUGGUGUUAUAUUAGCUGCAUCUAUGGCUGCCUUUGCCUAUUGGUAUGGUAAGAGGCGUCGAAUCUGGUGAGGAAUUUACUAGCAUAUUACAGUAUAGAUAUAAAAAAAAAUUCUGUCAUGCUGUACUUGAUCGUCUGCAUCAUGAGAAGUCUAUACCUUACACUGAGAACAGAAAGUAUAAAAAAAAUACAAAAGGAUUUUGAGUUUCUUUAUAGUUUAUAGGAUCUUGACUAUGGCUUCACCUCUCUGGAGCUUUCAAUUAUACCUGAAAUGCUUGUUAUAGUAGUAUCUCAUCCGUGCGUUGCACGGGAUGUAAUUCUCAAAAUAUAUGUGAAUGAAGGGGUGUUCAUUG